AUGCAGCGGAGGUGGAUUAGGGUAAAAGAGCCUUUUGUAACUAUAAUUUAUGAGAUAUUGAGUUAUAUGCUGGAGCACAAUUGGAUUGCAUAUGAGCAAUCUCUGAAAGCAAAUCCAGUUUUAGCUAAAAUGGAAAUAAGUGGAGUUGUUUACUCAAUUGGAGAUUGGAUUGCCCAGUGCUACAAAGGGAAGCCUAUGUUUGAGUUUGAUCGGGCGCGGCUAUUCAGAUCUGGUCUUGUUCGAUUUACUCUCCAUGGAUCACUUUCUCAUUAUUACUACCAACUGUGUGAGAAUCUUUUUCCUUUUCAAGAAUGGUGGGUUGUCCCUACUAAAGUUGCUUUUGAUAAAACUGUGGGGUAUGCUAUUUCGAUCAACAUCUACUUUGUGGUUUUGGGCUUGUUAUGGUUCGAUUCCUUGACUAACAUAUAUGGUGAACUCAAUUCAACAUUUGUGCCACUGCUUACUGCAGGUUGGAAGCUUUGGCCUUUUGCUCAUUUGAUUACUGUAAUACCCCAGUUAUGCGACACCGGUAUUUUCCUUUAA